GGCGGUCUCUGACCUGUUCACAGAGCGUAACCAGUUUGACAUGAUGUUCACCACCCUGAUGGAGCUGCAGAAGAGUCAUCCUGCUGAAGAUGAGAUAAUGAACCAGUACCUGGUACCAGCUCUCUGUAAGGCUGCUGCUGUCCUGGGCAUGGACAAGGCGACCUCUGAACCUGUGUGUCGGGUGUUGGAGCUGACCCUGCACAGCACCCACCUCCCCAGCCGUAUGGGAGCGCUGCACGGCCUGCUGUAUGUACUGGAGUGUGACCUGCUGGACGACACGGUGAAACAGCUGAUACCUGCCGUCUCCGACUACAUACUGAGUAACCUACGGGCCGUAGCACACUGUGUGAACCUGCACAACCAGCAGCAUGUCUUGGUGAUGUGUGCUGUGGCCUUUUACAUGAUGGAGAACUACCCUCUGGAUGUAGGAGCCGAGUUUACUGCUGGGGUUAUACAGAUGUGCGGUGUGAUGGUAUCAGCCAGUGAAGACUCCACCCCCUCAGUGAUCUACCACUGUGUGUUGCGUGGGUUGGAGCGCCUCCUGCUGUCGGAGCAGCUGUCUCGUAUGGACGGAGAGGCACUGGUUAAACUGAGUGUCGACAGGGUUAACAUGCCAAGCCCUCACAGAGCCAUGUCUGCACUGGGACUCAUGCUCACCUGCAUGUACACAGGCAAGGAGAAGGCCAGCCCUGGUCGCCCGGCCGGCGCUGUCGACCCUCAGGCCCCCGACAGCGAGUCUGUCAUCGUUGCCAUGGAGAGGGUCUCUGUGCUCUUCGACAGGGUCCGUAAGGGUUUACCCAGCGAGGCACGGGUGGUGGCCAGGAUUCUUCCACAGUUCCUGGACGACUUCUUCCCUCCGCAGGACGUCAUGAACAAGGUCAUCGGAGAGUUCCUGUCCAAUCAGCAGCCUUACCCACAGUUCAUGGCUACUGUCGUCUACAAGGUGUUCCAGACCCUCCAUGCUACAGGCCAGUCCAGUAUGGUGACAGACUGGGUGUUACUGUCUCUGUCUAACUUCACCCAGAGAACCCCAGUUGCCAUGGCCAUGUGGAGUCUGUCUUGCUUCUUCAUCUCUGCCUCCACCUCCCAGUGGGUCUCUGCCCUCCUGCCCCAUGUCAUCAGCCGUAUGGGUAAGAGUGAGGUGGUGGACAUCAGCCUGUUCUGUCUGGUGGCCCUGGACUUCUACAGACACCAGCUGGAUGAAGAGUUGGACCGCAGAGCCUUCCAGUCUGUCUUCCAGACCGUGGCCUCGCCUGGCAACACCUAUCAGCAGCUACUGGACUGUCUGCAGAGUAUCCACCAAGACACAUCACUCUGAGAGAGAGGGAGAGGGGGGGCAGAGAGAGAGA